CAAACAGCCAAGAUAUUCUCCCAAAGCCCCUUCUCUCUACGUUGUUUUCCUACCCCACCCAAUAUUUGACCUGUUAAUAUACAAGCCCUUUAAUACCCUCUCUUAGCCGUGGUUGUUGAAGCCAGCGACCCCUUUGACCAGCCAGCCACUCCUUCUUCUUCUUCCUCAUCAUCAAAACCUCAUCCAUUUCCCUCUCUUUCCUCUUCAUUCUCUCUCAUUCAAUUCCAUCUUUGAUCCUUUUGCUUUUUUCAUCGUUUCUCUUCGUAUUUUGGAGUAAAAAUGAACGACUUGAUGUCUGGUUCCUUCUCUAGGUUCCGCAACGAGCAGGCCUCGCCGGAGCACGUGAUCGAGAUGUCUUCCGCUUCCACCGGAGGCGUCAAUCUCGAUAAGUUUUUCGAAGAUGUGGAAUCGAUUAAGGACGAGCUCAAGGAGCUCGAGAGGCUUAACCAGAGCCUCAACAACUCUCACCAGCAGAGCAAAACCCUCCACAACGCUAAAGCGGUUAAGGAACUUCGGUCUCGCAUGGAUGCCGAUGUCUCUCUCGCUCUCAAGAAGGCCAAGGUCAUCAAGGUACGUCUCGAGGCUCUAGACCGAUCCAACGCCGCUAAUCGGAGCUUGCCUGGAUGCGGACCCGGGUCUUCCUCGGACCGUACGCGGACUUCCGUGGUCAACGGGCUCAGAAAGAAGCUCCAUGAUUCCAUGGAAAGCUUCAACAGCCUUCGCCAACAGAUCUCUUCCGAAUACAGAGAGACCGUACAACGCCGUUACUUCACCGUCACUGGCGAAAAUCCCGACGAGAGAACCAUAGAUGUUCUCAUUUCUACUGGUGAGAGCGAGACGUUCCUGCAAAAGGCAAUCCAAGAGCAAGGAAGAGGAAGAGUUCUGGACACGAUAAAUGAGAUCCAAGAGCGACACGACGCCGUAAAGGACUUGGAAAAGAAUCUGAAGGAGCUCCACCAGGUAUUCUUGGACAUGGCGGUGUUGGUCCAAGCCCAGGGCGAGCAAUUGGACGACAUUGAGAGCCACGUGGCGAGGGCUAACUCGUUCGUAAGGGGAGGAACACAGCAGUUGCAGACAGCCAGGAAGCACCAGAAGAAUACCCGGAAAUGGACAUGCUAUGCUAUCAUACUCCUGCUCAUUAUCGCCCUGGUGGUGAUCCUCAGCUUGAAGCCGUGGGAUUGGGGUGAUUCAAACAGCCCACCAGCAUCAAACCCUUGAGACUUCUGCACAUCCUCGUCCGCGCCUACUUUUGGUUUCAUAGUCCGCAAUACAUCGUAGUCAUUCCUAAUUACAUUUGUUUUUUUAAUGAGAAGUUGAAGUUUCAUUACGGUAGGCCCAUACUUUAAUUUGAGACUUGGUCGUUUUAUCAGACGGUUUUUGAAGCCUUUGAUGUGGUGAGGCCGAGUCUAAAACUCACUAUUAAUGGGAAAGCAAUGGAUGGAACGGUCAAUGUGUAGAAUGAGUUUUUCCAUCUUAUUACUCAAUUGGGUCGAGACUGGACGCUCAUCAUCCUCAUUUUGAGGGAUUUUCUUUUUUGGUGUAAUUAGAUAAGAAUUUAAAGUUUUUAUGUUAUUUUGUAUUUUUGUCAAUUAAUUAGUAUGGAAAAUUAGGUGGGAUUUAUUGUA